GGCUCUCAUCUGCCCCAUCCGUGGACCAGCCAAAACCGGCGGCAAUUCGUUCCAAGAUCUGUCCCCAAAAGCGGCGAGAGCCAGUGAUUUCUCCGAUCACCUUCGUCCGGACCUUCGAGAAUCGGGACCAGAGAAUCCUUCCGUCGCACCGCCCCUUCCACCCACCAUCCAAAAAUCUUCUCCAUAGCUCCUCGCUUGCUCGCUUGAGCCUCAAUCGAUUUCGCGGCCGGCACUUCAACUCUGCCCUUGCCUUGCCGCACCUCGAUCAGCAUCAUACCCUUUCCAAAGUGGAAGAGAGGAGCCCUUGGCUACCCGAUGAACGUUUAUACACAGCCCUGCCGCCUUUGACUCGCCUUUCCCGCCUCUCAACCUGCUCGACCCAGCCACCAAAUACAUACUCGCCGAGGGAAAAACCAAAGGAGGAAGAAAGAGAACCAAACUAGAUCCAUCACUAUUUCCCUACAGUAACGACAAGCAGCACACUGAAGCAAAGCAACGGCGAUCGCCCCAAAGAGAACAUCGUCGCAGCACAUACGAUAAACCCGUACACAGUCUUGCACUGGUUAUUCUUGCGUGCACGUCAUGGCGGCAAACUACUGGGCUUCAUCACAGCGUCUGCAUUGGCAAAUGUCUCGACAGAGACUGGCUGAGGUCAGGAGCGCCCUCGACGCUCAAGAUCCGAAGACGGUUCAACAAUACCCUUUGCCCGAAUUGAGGCACCUGAGCAUAUACUUCAAUUCUCGUUCGUUCCCUCUUCCGUUCAAAAAGAAAGAAAGAAAAUGAGAUAAAAUGCCCGUUCUUGCCUCUUAUGCUUGCUCACUGAAAAGGAAAAAAUGUAUCAUGCUUCGCACGAAACAGAGAUAGCUCGUCUCGGUCGGCGCAUGCAGACGAGACAACAGGCACUGGCAACGGCCCAAUUGUAUAUCCGACGAUUUUACACAAAGGUCCCCAUACGUGAUACGAAUCCCUACUUAGUGAUGGCAACAUGCUUGUAUCUCGCGUUGAAGAUGGAGGAGUGUCCCCAGCACAUCAGGAUUGUUGUUAGUGAGGCGCGGACCUGCUGGCCCGGUAAGCUCCACCCUACCCAGCCCUCCGAUCGGAAGUGGCCCCCCUCUUUCUAAACCUUGCACCCGGCGCGCCCAACAGAUGUAAUGCCCUCCGAUACAGCGAAGCUCGCUGAAUGCGAGUUUUACCUCAUAUCUGAAAUGAAUUCGUAUCUGAUAGUUCAUCACCCAUACCGGACCCUUCAGGAUCUAACACCUGUUCUAUCGUUGACGAGUGAAGAGAACAACACCUCCUGGCAGGUUAUCAACGACUCCUGCCUUACCGACCUUCCGCUAUUAUACCCUCCACACAUAAUUGCGUUGACCGCGAUCUUUCUUUCGGUCGUACUGAAAACAUCGCUACCACAAACGAACAUACAUGCCGCAGCAUCAUCUGCCGUUGCGGCGAACUCUAGUGGUAGCGGGGGAAAUAGCGGCGGUGGUGGCGCUUACGGCGCGAGCGGUCAGGGGCCUCAAGCCCGGAUCGGAAAAUUGAUAGAGUGGUAUGCCGAGUCGAAAGUCGAUAUGGAAGCCGUUAUCGAGUGUACCCAGGAAAUCAUAUCGCUCUAUGAGGCGUGGGAGUCGUUCACGCCAUCUGCGGAGAAGAAUUGCAAAGAUCAACUUUGUCGGAUGAUAAAAGCGAGGGGCAUUGUGUAGCGCAGUUUGUGUGAGAGGGUCUCUUGGCUACUCUUUUUUCUAUAAAUCUCAUUUUCCUGACCAUUUUCUGUGAUUUUUGUUGAUUUUUUUUUUGAGAUUUCCCCACAAUAUAUAUAUUCUUCCUUCUUGGUUGGCAUGAGAGCCGGGUUUGGGGUAGAGCACGUUGCUGUGAAUGGGACGGACGUUGGUGCAUUUUCUAGAUGUUUUGUGACUUUGAUCGGGAAUCCGGCAGCAGCCGGAGAUAAUGAGUGGCAUGCCUGCUUCAAGGACCAGGAAGAAAUGCUCCGUCUCUAAAAUGGGCAAAACCCCUAAACCAAACCAGGGUCUGGAAGCAAUGGGACAGCUCCAUGAAGAAGAAGAAGAAGGCGCCUGUGACGUUCUUGAUGUUGUUCGGAGCUCUAUCCGCAGAACUUGCCUAGCCUCCCUCUUCUGCAUCUUGAUGAUGGGAAGGAAUGCUUGCAGCAGCAGCAAUCCUUUAGAGUUAGAUUCACGCCUUUCUUUGUUCCUGGAGGAUACGAACACGUCAAGCUGGGCCAAAUGAUCAAGCCGGACCGAUUGGCAGCCAGUGAGAGAGGGAGAAAACCUCGAUACCCGAUCGGUUCGUGCAUAAUCCGUCGAGGCUGAACAAAUGGUCACCCACCACCUUCCAGGACAGACCGGGGACAAUGGUGGUCUAACCGCUUUCCGCAAUUCUCGUCUACCCGAACAGAGCA